UGUUAUCGGUGCUGCUGUGUGUGUGUGUGUUGGCGUGUCUGGCCAGUCUGCCGCUAUUAAAGUACUCAGGAUUCUUCUGCUUGAGGAUUCCACUGCCCAACAUACUGCUCUCCUUCUCUGCGUCUCGUCUGCUGCGGCUGCUGAGGCCAGAUGACCCUCAGAUGACCUCUGUCUCCGUGGCGACCGCCCUGCCCAAGGACAGCCAAUCGGAGAGCAGCGAUGAAGAUGGGGAGGAGAGCGGGAGAAGAGGAGGCUACGAGAGGCGAGUGCAGGACAGCCCGUCGCCGUCGGAUACCGCCCUGUCGCCCCCGGAUACCACCCUGUCGCCCCUAGAUACGGAACGCUACGCGUAUGGCAGAAACAUGCUGGACAACAGCGGCAGCACAACACACACACACUCGGAUACAGACGCAGCGCUCUCUCUCACACACACUCACCCGCACACGGACUCAGAUACAACACUCUCACACACUCACACUCACACACACUCAGAUACAGACACAACACUCUCACACACACGCGACAGGUACGAUGGAAAGAACACAGGGAGAGAAAUGGAGGAGGAGGAGAGGAGGGAUGGAGGGAGCAUAGACCUGUUCUCUGUGAAAGGAGAGAAGGGUGGAGGGGAGGACGCUUUCUCUGGGAGAGGAGGAGAGAGAAAAGGAGAGGAUGGACUGAUGGGAGGAGAGGAUGGAGGGAGAGGAGGAGAGGAUGGAGUGAGCAUCGACCUGUUCUCCGUGAAGCUGAGACGGACAGAGGGAGAGGGGGAUGGGGAGAGGGAGGGAGAGAGGGAUGGACUGAUGAUCAACCUGUUCUCUGUUAGACUGAGAGAAAGAGGAGGGAGGAGGAGGAGAGAGGGCAGGCCUUCUUACCGUGAAGGAGGGAGAGGGAGGAGAGGAGAGGGGGAUGAAGCAUUAUGAGAGAGAAAGAGGAGAGGAAGAGGAAGAGAGGAGGAGGGAUGCGUAUGAACCAAGGAAAACACACACCACACCAAUAGCCCACCUGACAGACACACACGCUUAUUCACACACACACUCUCUCCCCCACACACACACCUAUUCACACACACACUCUCUCCCCCACACACACACUCUCUCAGAUGCACUCAAGACCGCUGAAGCACCUCAAGAGGAGGAAGAAGAGGAUGAUGAUGAACAGGAUGAUGAGGAUGAGGAUGAUGAAGACUGCUCUGGUUACAUGCGACGCAGCUAGGCUGCAGUUACACACACACACACACGCGCACACACACACACACACACACACACACAGGGUACACCGACUGUCACACAAACACAUUAUGCAUUCUGCGCCACACAAAGACUGUUACACACACAUACACACACAUGCACAUGCACAUUCAAGACUGUUACACACACACACACAGUUUACACAAACUCUCUUUUUUACAGUGCAACUCAAAAGCUGAGUACACAUUACAGACUCUGAUAGACUGUAUCCGUGUCAUCCAUGUCAGUCUCCGUGUCAUCCAUGUCAGUCUCCGUAUCCAUCUCAAUGGCAGUUCCGGUCAAUGGACAUGAUGGACUAUCCUAUCUCCCGCCAGUAGAGGGCGCACCACUAUGAAUGGACUGAGUGUAUUAUUCCGUUAUGUAACAUUUCAU